AGAAAAUUAAAAGAUGCUCUUCUGGUUCGAUUUGGUUUUGCUCAGUGGCUUCUGGGUUUCUUGAGCUUGUCAUGUGGCGGCUCAAGUUACACAACUGCUUAUAACAUCUCGUGGGUUUCAGAUAACGACUAUAUCCAAACAGGUAACACUAGUACUGUUACUUACACCGAUGGAGCUUCUUCUUCAAGCGUUCCCAUCAGGUUCUUCCCGGAUUCUCGAGGUCGCCAAUGUUACAAGUUACCUGUGAGGAAGAAAGACUUGUCUUCGGUUCUGAUUCGGGCCAAGUUCGUUUAUAGAAACUAUGACAGCCAGAAUCAGCCUCCAGCAUUUCGUGUCUCUUUGGGAAGGAGGAUCACUAGUACCGUUGAUCUCAGAACCAAUGACCCUUGGAUUGAAGAGUUGGUUUGGCCGGUCAACAAUGAUGCACUAUUGCUUUGUUUGCUUGCGGUUAAAGGAAGAGGCAUUCCGGUUAUCUCUUCUCUAGAAGUACGGCCGCUUCCUUUAGGUUCUUACAGAAACAGCUUGGAGAGUUCAUCUAAUAUAAUCCUCAGGAGAAGUUACAGAAUCAAUAGUGGAUACACAAACGGGACUAUCCGGUACCCUUCAGAUCCAUUUGAUAGAAUAUGGGAUCCUGAUCAAAGUUUUGCACCGUUUCACGCCUCUUCGAGCUUGAGUACACUCACAAGAUUUUCUUCCUCCAACAUCACUGAGAGCCCUCCAGCUUCUGUUCUUCAGACAGCAAGAGUUCUUUCUCGCAAAGACAGUCUCUCGUAUACCCUUUCUCUAGAUACACUAGGGGACUACUACAUUAUCCUCUACUUUGGUGGGAUACUCUCAAACUCACCUUCUUUUAGCGUGACGAUCAAUAACGAAGUCAAACACUCUGAUUACACCGUGACUAGUUCUGAAGCUGGUACUUUGUACUUUACGCAAAAAAGAAUCAGUGACUUAAACAUCACCUUUGAGAAAAUCAAGUUCAAUCCUCAGGUGAACGCUCUUGAGGUGUAUGAAAUCCUCCAAAUCCCUCCAGAAGCUUCUUCUACCACAGUUUCAGCACUUAAAGUGAUAGAGCAAUUUAGCGGGCAAGACCUUGGAUGGCAAGACGACCCAUGCACUCCACUUCCUUGGAACCAUAUUGAAUGUGAAGGAAGCCGUGUUACAUCAUUGUUUCUUUCAGAAAUCAACCUGAGGUCCAUUAGUCCAACAUUUGGAGACUUGCUAGAUCUCAAGACACUAGACUUGCAUAAUACAUCACUUACUGGUGCAAUACAGAAUGUAGGCAGCCUUCAGCAUCUCCAGAAACUGAAUUUGAGCUUCAACCAAUUAAAGUCUUUCGGCUCAGAACUGGAGGAUCUGGCUAGCCUUGAAGUUCUGGACCUGCAAAACAACAGCUUACAAGGAUCAGUUCCUGAAACUUUAGGAAAGCUGAAGAAACUUCGUCUCCUGAAUCUGGAAAACAAUAACUUGGUAGGACCCUUGCCACAGUCACUUAACAGAACGGGUCUAGAAGUCAGGACAACGGGGAAUCCAUGUCUUUCGUUCUCUUCGUUAUCUUGCAAUAACGUGUCUUCAACAAUGGACACACCACAAGUCAUUAUCCCUAUCAAUAAGAAACACAAGAAGCAGAACCGUAUAGCGAUCUUGCUUGGAGUUUCUGGUGGAGUCUUGUUUGCCACUGCUCUCAUCUUUGUUAUCAUGUCGAUAUGCACGAGGAGACAGAGAAACAAAGAGAGAGAUAUAACCAGAGCACAUUUGAAGAUGCAGAACUGGAACACUUCAAGAAUCUUCUCCCACAGAGAGAUAAAGUCAGCUACAAGGAAUUUCAAGGAAGUGAUUGGCCGUGGAAGUUUUGGAUCUGUAUACCAUGGGAAACUACCAGAUGGUAAACAAGUUGCAGUCAAAGUGAGAUUUGAUAGAACUCAACUUGGAGCUGAAUCUUUCAUCAAUGAGGUGCAACUUUUGUCUCAGAUCCGCCACCAAAAUCUAGUUUCCUUCGAGGGCUUCUGCUACGAACCAAAACGGCAAGUACUGGUUUAUGAGUAUCUGCCUGGUGGAUCAUUAGCUGAUCACCUUUACGGCUCACGUAGCAAAAGGCUUUCACUAAACUGGGUUUCAAGACUAAAAGUUGCAGUUGAUGCUGCAAAAGUAUCUGAGUACACAGCUAGGCCAAACUUGCAAGCAGGAGCGUUUGAGAUUGUGGAUGAUACUUUGAAAGAUACAUUUGAUCCGGAGAGCAUGAGAAAAGCUGCUUCGAUUGCUAUAAGAUGUGUGGGGAGAGAUGCAUCUAGCAGACCAUCUAUUGCACAAGUUUUGACUCAACUGAAAGAAGCGUAUAGCAUUCAACUCUCAUAUCUUGCUGCUUCAGCACAUACAGAC